UGGAACCAGUACUUUUGCCAGGUGAAAUUGUGGUAAAUGAAGUCAAUUUUGUGAGAAAAUGUAUUGCAACAGAUACAAGUCAGUAUGAUCUCUGGGGGAAGUUGGUUUGCAGUAACUUCAAGAUUUCAUUUAUUACGGAUGAUCCCAUGCCACUUCAGAAAUUCCAUUAUAAAAACCUCCUCCUUGGUGAACAUGAUGUGCCGCUAACAUGUAUUGAACAAGUUGUCACAGUAAAUGACACAAAGAGGAAACAGAAGGUCCUUGGUCCCAACCAGAAACUUAAAUUUAAUCCAACAGAAUUAAUUAUUUAUUGCAAAGAUUUCCGUAUUGUCCGAUUUCGCUUUGAUGAAGCAGGCCCUGAGAGUGCAAAAAAGGUGUGCCUUGCAGUAGCACAUUAUUCCCAGCCAACAGAUCUCCAGCUCCUCUUUGCAUUUGAAUAUGUUGGGAAAAAAUAUCAUAAUCCAGGUAACCAUGUAAAUAAAACCCCAGCUGGGAACUGGAGAGGGGGAGGCAGAGGGGGAAGAGGCGGGGGCAGCGGCAGCGGUCAACAGACUCCUUUAUUUGAAACUUACUCUGAUUGGGAUAGAGAAAUCAAAAGAACAUGCGCAUCAGGAUGGAGAGUUUGUUCAGUCAAUGAAGGUUACAUGAUAUCUACUUGCCUUCCGGAAUACUUUGUAGUCCCAUCUUCCUUAGCAGAUCAAGAUCUAAAGCUCUAUUCUUACUCUUUUAUUGGAAGACGAAUGCCCCUUUGGUGCUGGAAUCACUCUAAUGGGAGUGCUCUUGUGAGAAUGGCCAACAUUAAAGAUGUAUUGCAACAAAGAAAAAUAGAUCAAAGGAUUUGUAAUGCAAUAACUCGAAGUCAUCCACAGAGAAGUGAUGUUCAUAAAUCAGAUUUGGACAAGUGUCUGCCUAAUAUCCAGGAAAUCCAGGCUGCAUUUAUCAAACUUAAACAGUUAUGCGUUAAUGAACCUUUUGAAGAAACGGAAGAAAAAUGGUUAUCCUCACUGGAAAAUACUCGUUGGCUAGAGUAUGUCAGAUCAUUCCUUAAGCAUUCUGCUGAACUUGUAUAUAUGCUGGACAGUAAGCAUGUCUCAGUAGUUCUGCAAGAGGACGAAGGACGGGACCUGAGCUGUUUCGUAGCCUCCCUCAUUCAAGUAAUGCUGGAUCCCUAUUUUCGGACAAUUGUUGGAUUUCAGAGCCUGAUACAGAAGGAAUGGGUCAUGGCAGGAUAUCAGUUUCUAGAUAGGUGUAACCACUUAAAAAGAGCUGACAAAGAGUCUCCCUUGUUCUUGAUGUUUCUGGACUCGAUUUGGCAACUGCUAGAACAAUAUCCAUCAGCCUUUGAGUUUUCUGAAACAUAUUUGACCAUAUUGUAUGAUAGUACACGGAUCUCAUUGUUUGGCACCUUCCUUUUCAACUGUCCUCACCAGCGAGUAAAGCAGAGCACGGAAUUCGCUAUAAGCAAAAACAUCCAGUUGGGUGAUGAAAAAGGCCUAAAAUUUCCUUCCGUUUGGGACUGGUCUCUUCAGUUUGCAACAAGAGAUCGCAUGCUUUUUCACAACCCCUGGUAUAUUGGAAAGAGUGCACCAUGUGUACAAAAUGGGUCUGUGAAAAGUUUUAAACGAACAAAGAAAAACUACAGCUCAACACUGAGAGGAAUCCCCCCAUCGUUAAAGAAUGGGAUCAUCAACGAGCAAGAGUUUCUUCCAAGAAGAAAUUCACUGAUACUAAAACUGAAACCAGACUUUCUUCAGCAGAUGGAUAGCCAGACCAAUAGCAUGGAGCAGUAUUUCAGAGAAUGGUUCUCAAAGCCUGUCGACUUGCAUGGUGUAAUUCUACCCCGUCUGUCUGGAACUCACAUAAAACUGUGGAAACUUUGCUACUUCCGCUGGGUUCCUGAGGCCCAAAUUAAUAAUGGUGGCUUCAUCACUGCCUUCCAUAAAAUCUCUGUGCUGACAGACCAAGUAGACAUGCUAAACCAGAGUCUUCGGCAGUACAAAAGCAGCUCUUCUUUGCAAGCGAACUGUUCAGAACUGGAUCAAAGCAGGAUGUACUUCAGAGCAAAUGGUUUAAAUGACAAUGCAGGGACCCCAGAUUUUCUCUCCUCCUCAUUCCCAUUUUCUCCAAUAGGGAACUUAUGCAGACGGAGCAUUCUGGGAACACCCUUAAGUAAAUUUCUAAGUGGUGCCAAAAUCUGGCUGUCCACUGAGACACUUGCAAAUGAGGACUAA